AUGGAAACGACUCCAAAAGAGUCGAGACAACUCGAUUUGUGGACGUCGGAAUUCAUUACUUUCGGCGCCGCCACCAUCUUUAUUGGACUGCGCCUAUUGAGUCGACGGCUGACGAGGAUUGAAUUCUGGUGGGAUGAUUGGUUUGCAUUGUGCUGCUAUGCUGUAGCUAUUGCUUGGGUAGUCAUCAUCCCUAUUUGGAUCCAAGAAGGCCUCGGUCUUCAUAUCAACGACGUCGAUAAUGGCAGGACGAAACCCGAAAUCUUGAUGAAAAAUGCUCUCAUCCUCUACAUCGCCGAACUGUUUUAUGCGACCGCCCUGUUCUGCGCCAAAGCAUCGAUCCUGAGUUUCUACUGGCGCAUGUUCCGAGUUACCAAUAUCAAGCUACCGAUUCAAAUCCUGGCAUGUUCUGCUCUGAUCUGGAUCAUCAUUAGAACCUUUAUGGGAAUUUGGCAUUGCGUACCUAUCGAUCGAUUCUGGAACCCGACUGCUGGAGGUGAUCAAGGAUACUGCGCUAUUGAAGAUAAGAAGUUCUUUUUUGGAACUAUUCUCGUUCACGUUAUUCUUGAUGUUUGCAUUAUUGCACUUCCCAUCUUACAAGUUCGAAAGUUGCAGCUGCCUAUUGCGCAAAAGAUUGGUAUCUCGCUGAUGUUUGUCUUUGGUAUUGUUAUCUGCAUAUCAGCCAUGGUCAUUAUCGUCGCUUCAACCCAAUUCGAUGCCCAAUCCGAGAACCUCACCUGGAACUUGACCACCAUCGUCGUCUGGGCCUCGGUCGAAGUAAAUCUUGUCACUGUAUCUACCUGUCUUCCUACCGUCCGACCAGCCUGUGUCUACAUCUUCACAUGCACCAACCCCAGGUCCACCAUCAACUCUAGCGCCAACAGUUACGGACACUCGUACGGUCGAAGCCACGGUCGCAGCCAAACCAAGAACACGAUUCGCCUUUCAACGAUGCCAAACAACAAGGAUAACGACGAGUCGAGCUCGACACAUCAACUCGCCGAUUCCGACCGGGAGCGCCAGUCAUCAGACUUUGAGAGUCAUGCUAUGGAUCGAUACCGAGGAAACGUGGCUACUGUUACCGGACCUGCACAUGGACGAAACCAAUCCGAGGAGUUCGAGGCUGGAACACCUUUCGGGGGAAUUAUGGUCAAGAAUGAGACCACUGUGAUGGUUUCGAAUGCCCGGUCGAGAUAA